AUAAAUAAAAUAAAAUACAUAAAUACAUAAAUACAUAAAAUAAAUAAUAAAUAAAAUAAUAAAUGAUUAAAUAAAUAAAUAAAGGUAUUUCUGGCAGAGGAUCAUCAUGCAGUUUGCACCCAGAAGGAAGAAGGUGACGGUGACUCUUCAGAACGAGCUGUACGGACACUGUCUGCAGUUCUAUGGACCGCCUCCGCUGGAGAACAUCUCCCUGGUGGAGUUUGAGAGCUUCGCCGUGGACAGGCUCAAGCUGCUGAAGACGGUGGAGAACCUGGGCGUGAGCUUCGUGAAGUCGUCAGAGACCUACAUGAAGAAGCUCCGCACAGAAUUACGCAAUCUCAGCUUCCCUCACAGACUGGACGCGGACGAUACGAGCACGAGCAAGAAUCAGGUCGGACUCUCGGAAUACGACAAACGGAGGAAGGACCACGUCUCUCACUUCAUUCUGCGCCUGGCCUACUGCCAAACGGAGGAUCUGAGGCGCUGGUUCAUCCAGCAGGAGAUGGAUCUGUUCCGCUUCCGCUUCAAUGACCUUCAUCCUAAACACAAGACCGACUUUCUACACCGGAACAACUUACAGUACGACACGAUCAGCGCCGACGAGAAACAAAACCUGAAAGAUCAGCUCAUAAAUUCCAGUUACGGCGUCAGUGGAACCACCGUGGCUGAGCAGGACUUCUACAAGGUACCCUUUCAGGACGCUCUGGAUCUGGUGAGGACGAGGAAGGUGUACCUGCAGGGCGGCCACGCCUACAUUCCUCACCAGGACAUCGUCACCAUCGUCCUGAACGACUUCCGCACCAGGCUUUCCAAAGCGCUCGCGCUGACCGCCCGCUCCCUGCCGGCCGUCCAGUCAGACGAGCGCCUGCAGCCUCUGCUGAACCAUCUCAGCCAUGCGUACGUAGGUCAGGAUUACAGCAUCCAGAAGAACGUAGGGAAGGUUUCUCUGGAGCAGAUCGAUCCCCUCUCCGGCCGGUCCUUCCCCCUGUGCAUGCGGCAGCUGCACAGAGCCCUGCGAGAGCAGCACCACCUGCGCCACGGCGGCCGCAUGCAGUACGGCCUGUUCCUCAAGGGCGUCGGCCUGACGCUGGAGCAGGCGCUGCAGUUCUGGAGGUCCGAGUUCAUCAAGGGGAAAGUGGACGCGGAUAAGUUCGACAAGGCGUACGCCUACAGCGUCCGGCACAUGUUCGGUAAGGAGGGCAAGAGGACGGACUACACGCCCUACAGCUGCAUGAAGGUCAUCCUGUCCAACCCGCCCAGCCAAGGAGACUACCACGGCUGCCCGUUUCGUCACAGUGACCCGGAGCUUCUGAAGCAGAAGCUGCAAUCGUAUAAACUCUCUCCCAGUGGCAUUACACAGAUUUUGGAGCUGGUCAGGGGGAUGCACUAUCAGCUGGCCUGCCAGAAGUACUACGAGCUGACGCACAACGUGGAGGACUCCGGGUUCUCUCUCAAUCACCCCAACCAGUACUUCAUGGAGAGUCAGAAGCUGCUCGGUGGGGGCAGAGAGGUCAAGAAAGAAGCCGAGGCGCCUCCCAGAGGUCAAGAAGCGCCGGCUAACGACGGCACCGGGGCGCCCCCCUCGCACCCGGUUAAAACUGAGGCUGUGGACGACAUGGCGGAUUUAGACUCGUAUUUCCAGGACGAGUGACGGCGGCUCUUCAUCGCUGAAGCUUUUACAGAUCGAAUCAUUUUGUUUGUAUUUAGUCUAGUAAAAUUAAAUAAAAUUCUGACUUUGUUUACGUGA